AUGGUCAACACAUCAAGCGACAAAGAUGCAGAUGAAAAGACUGACCGUGAAGAUACUGUCAAAAGAAGAGCACAUACUUAUUUUGAAUGGAUUCAUUUAAUAGCAGCAAUAUGGAUUCCAAUUGCUAUCGCUAUAUAUGCAAUCGUUGAACAUAAUAGUAGUAUGUCAAUUGCUGCUAGUAAUCGUCUUAAUGACAUAGAAAUCGCUAAUAUUUCGCGAAUGACUGAAAUUGAAAUAGCACAACGCAAUCU